GUCAUUAUAUUUGUCCCAAUGUAAUUUAAUGGAAUCGACUUGUAAUGUAAGUGUUGUCUUUUUUUUUUUAAUAUAACGUCAGACCUUGUCGUUUGAAGGUGACAUCUGCUAACUGAAGUUAGCACAUUCAUUCAUUUAUCUGCUCCAUUAUUAGCCUUAGUUGCCUUCUGCCAGAGACUGCUUGUGUCUGCGAGUGCAGCAGUGUGGAUUCAUUCAUUUUUUAUGACUUAUUUCACAUACUGGACAGUGAGUUUCUCUCUUUUUAUUUGUACUAUAUGGACCACAAAGCUCAUUUUUAAUUCAACACAAUCCAGGAUCUUUUUUUUUAUGGACCGAUGCCCACAAUUGUCACCUCUCGUCCCAUUAAUGACCGACUGCCAUAAGAUUUGAUUUCUAUACACACUAUAUGUGCUCUUUUUUUCCUGUUGUGUGCAGUGUGUACAUUCUAGGAGUCUGCUGGUCAACAUCCCAGGAAUUUGCUGAGGGCACAGCGGGUUUGAUGCCCACUGCUCCAACAUGGAGCCCUCAGAUGUGAUUACACACAAGAAUGGGCGGCAGAGGAAGCUGGCAGGUGCCACCUUCCCCAAUGAAAAUAUGAGGGAUGUGAACAGGGGAGAGAUGAGUACCUCUGAGCAAGAUGUUUAUGAGGAGGCAGAGGGUCUCAUCAGAGGGUUGGAUUCAGAGGACCAGAGGCACAGAGUCAAGCCUGGGAUCCGUGGCGAGCUGGGCAAUGUGUCGCUUCUUCUGUUUCUCUAUGUGCUGCAAGGGAUUCCUCUGGGACUGGCUGGCAGCAUCCCUCUGAUCUUACAGAGCAAGAGCGUCAGCUACAAGGACCAAGCCUUCUUCAGCUUUGUCUUCUGGCCAUUUAGUCUCAAGCUUCUCUGGGCACCACUUGUGGAUGCUCUCUACUUCAGCAGGUUUGGUAGAAGAAAGUCAUGGCUGGUGCCCACACAGUACCUGCUGGGCCUCUUCAUGCUCUACCUGUCUGUAACGGUCAAUUCACUGCUGCAGAGUGAGGGAGGACCGAACGUGGUAACACUUACUGCAGUCUUCUUUAUGCUCGCCUUCCUGGCAGCCACACAGGAUGUAGCUGUGGAUGGCUGGGCCCUGACCAUGUUAUCCAGAGAAAAUGUGGGUUAUGCAUCUACUUGCAACUCUGUAGGUCAGACAGCUGGCUACUUCCUGGGGAAUGUGCUCUUUCUGGCUCUGGAGUCUGCUGAUUUCUGCAACAGAUACCUCAGAAUAGAGCCCAAGGACACAGGCAUUGUUACCUUGUCAGACUUCUUGUUUUUCUGGGGAAUGGUGUUCCUGGUUUCCACGACACUGGUAGCCAUUUUUAAAAGGGAAAAUGAGCAUGGCAAAGGAAGGAGGAGAGUCCAAGAGGAGACACAGGGUGUCAUGGAAACCUACAAGUUGCUGUUCUCUAUUAUCAAGAUGCCCACAGUCUUCACCUUUUGUGUCCUGCUUCUCACCGCUAAAAUUGGUUUCUCUGCAGCAGAUGCAGUGACGGGUCUGAAGCUGGUGGAGGCUGGAGUUCCCAAGGAGCAGCUGGCAUUGUUGGCGGUGCCCAUGGUGCCCCUGCAGAUUCUUCUACCAGUAGUCAUCAGUAAAUACACAGCAGGGCCCCGACCUCUGGACGUCUUCUACAAGGCCUUUCCUUUUAGGUUGCUUAUAGGCCUAGAGUAUGCUCUGCUGGUGUGGUGGACCUCUAGUAUAAAACAAGAAGGAGGCUUCCCUGUUUACUACUACGCCAUAGUGCUGCUUAGCUACGCAGUGCAUCAGGUGGCGUUGUACAGUAUGUACGUCGCCUGCAUGGCCUUCCAUGCCAAAGUGAGCGACCCGCUCAUCGGCGGGACCUACAUGACCCUGCUGAACACCGUCACUAACCUCGGAGGAAACUGGCCCUCCACUGUUGCUCUGUGGAUGGUGGAUCCACUGACCACUAAGCAGUGCCAGGGCACUGUCGGGCAGAGCUGCGGCUCCCCAGAAGAGGCAGGGCUGUGCGUUAAGGAAGGCGGUGUCUGUGAGACAACAUUGGACGGCUACUAUGUGGAGUCAGUGGUGUGUGUUGUGAUUGGUUUAGCCUGGUGGGUUUGGUUAGGGAAGAAAAUGAGGCGGCUGCAGGAAGAGAGCCCCGCCGCGUGGAGGUGCAGAAUUAACCAGUGAUGACACUCUAUCAUCGGUACCACAGACUCUUCUUGGUGUACUGUACCCUUGCAUAGUCUGCUCUAAAAACAGCUAAAUGCUGGACAUACUGUAAACCUGUCCCACACGUCUGGUUUAGUUCCCCUGGUCCUGGUCUAGCUGCUACGUUGAGAAAACACCCGUUCUCAUACUUUCUCACCUCUGUCACUUUGAUGUACAUAAAUGUGAAGAAAUGCACCGUUGUUGUCUUCUGUGGAGGAAAAGACAGGAAAGAUGUAGAGACGCACUCCUCUGAACUAAAUCUGUUGUCUUUUUUGAAGAUUCCCAUGAGGUGUCCCAACAGUUCCUACCGUUCAUUUGAGCAAAAAGUUAACGUGCAGUCUCUCUAACAGAGUCUCUACUCUGCAGCCUCACUUUGGUAUUUAGGCCACAGUAACAGGAGUACUUAUAUAUAUAAUCAGACAUGAAUAUAAAAGGGAUAUAUUUGAGAUACUUGUAUUACUGUAGUAAUACUAUCAAAAUCCACCCAUCUGGUAAUCCAAGUAAAUUAAACCCAGAGUGAAGAAUAACUUGAAUUACUUUUUGACUCAGAUUUGAAGCAACUUUUUUAGGAUUAUUUAAAUGUUGUUUUUUUUUUUUUUUUCAUCUAAAGUUCAUUGUGCCUUGUUUAGCUAAUCAAAGACAAACAGCAGCAACAAGUCAAAGCCAACAUCCUUUGAGCUGUAGUUAAAUGAUCAAGGCAGGACAUAUUACAGUUACUUGAAGGUGCAGUUGGGGUUAAUCUACCAUACCAGAGUCUGAAGCUGAGCAACAUUCCUUAUGAAUAAUUUCAUUUUAAGAGUGAUUUAUGCAUAUUAUAUAACUAAUACCACCAAUGCUUAAAUUAACUGAGAUGUCGAAAAUAUGAAAUGCUUUUUUGUUGGAGCAAUCUUUUAGUUUUCCAACUUUCCUUAUAGUAGAGUAGUUUUACCUAUUAUAGGACCAAUUCAUAUCUUCAAUAGUAAUAUUAGACAGUGCACUGUUAACUGUUAAAAACAUCUUGGUUAUCAAUGGGGCCUGGUUGGUAAUGAUUUUUACUGAGGUAUUUUUAAGUUAAAAGAAGAAAACUAGUACCCAAAAUAUCUUCUGGUAGGAUUUUACUCUGGGUUUUUAGAUGAAUUUAUUAUUGUGAUACAUUGUAUGGGAAAGGCUCAAUAUCCUUUAUAUUCAUUCUUAAUGCAACAAUUUAAUACACAAGUCCUGAUUUAAAUAUUUUAACAUCCAUAUGGCCUGUCAAAAUGUUUAGCGUAGUUCAGGGAUCCCUUAACAGAUCCCAUCUGGGUGUGACAUUGACAGCAGACAUCAGUGGGCAUUACUGAGUUUAAGCUGCUCCACAGGUAUGAAGCCUCCCUGAGAAGCCUGGUUCUGGACUGGAGGUUUUAUUGGCUUAUCAUUGAACAUAUAGCUGAUAGAAUUUGAGUUUUAUCAGUUGCUGUGGCCUGUAAAAAUGGAGAAAAGGGCAAAACAAAACACUGAGUUUCUUGCCCACAGAACAAUUCAGAUCCCAGAUCAGCAGCCUGGUGAGAAACCUGAUGAGCAAACACUCUGCCUGGGUUUUGCAUUGUACAUAGAACCGAAUGUUACAGUAUUUUCUCUAAAGCCAGCGUUGAAAAUCCAACUGCUCUGUCAAAUGUAAAUGUUGAAGUACACAAUCUGGGUGGAUGUAAGGAAAGAGAGGAUCAGUUUUUACUCAUUUUACAUAGUUCCUGAUUUCUUUUGCCCACUUUGUCAGCCACAGUUAGAAGGUCAACCAUUUCUGGAUGAAUAUAUUAAGUUUGUUUUUCUUUUUUUUGGACACUCAAACUCACACCCCGUCAGUUUUUUUUGUGCCUCGUACUCGUCACUGUACCCGACAGCCUUUCUGCCAUUAACGGGGCACUACGUUAGCCGUUUUUUUUUUGUUGACAGAUCUUAUAGUAGAUAGACUGUGUGACUGUUCAUUUUUGCUGUUUUUGUUUUCUGUUUUAUAAUUGUAGUUUUAGAUUGGGGUUUCAUAUUAGUCUGCUAAAUUAGCCUUUAGGUGGUGGUAAACUACUGUUAUUUCAGCUACAGAAAAUUAUUUUCUCACAAUGUUACCUUAUAACCCUUUUAAAUGAAAUUGUUUUAAUGUAAAUUGAAAAAUGUUUUUUUUUUAAAUUAUUUUGCAGUUUCUUUUACAAUGAGUCAAAAUCCCCAAUCUAAAGGAAAGUAUGUGUAGUGAGAAAUUUAAAUACACUAGCAGCAGUGCUCGUAUAAUGUUAUCACGAACGUGACAAACUUUGACAUUCAUAGGAUGAAACAUUGAGAUUUGAAACAAAUCUUAUAUGUAAUUAAAAGCA